CAGGGCCGGGUGUGGCUGCGGAGAGCAUGGAGUCAGUUCCUGCGGAGCUGGGAUGACGACUGUCCAGCAUCCCAGCUUUUUACUGGUUGGGAUCGGGUCUCUAGAACACCUCUCCUGUUCCCCCCACACCCCCCCAAGUCUCAACUGGCUUUCCCAUCUCCAUCCUCCUGAUCGCAGCCUUCCAAGCAGCUUCCAAGAUGGCAGGCAGCUACCCGGUGGAUUUUCUAGAAGAUGAUCCUGGGGGAUACCAGGAAGCGACCGCAGCUUACCUCGCCUCGCUCAGACACGGGACUGGGGCCACGCCAGUUUUCUCCCUUCCCACGGGGGAGCAGGUUCAACUCGAAGCUUCAUCUGUGUGCUUCUGCGCUUUGUACCGAGAUGAACCCCAGCAGAAGAUCCUGGUUUGGGUUCAUCCACAGGACACAAAGACAGUUGUGGCUGUUUACUUGAAGGAAUCCUGGUGGUCUGUUGAAGACAUUCUGAGAACUUCUGAGCCUGCCAGGGAGGGUCUCCUGCAGGUCCACUCCUUUGGGGAAAGGAUUGUGCUUUUCACUCUAAACGUCAUUGUUUUUGGAAGACUGGAGAGAAGUGUGAAAGAGGAUGGCAUGUUUUUUUUACCUCACUCUGCGAGGGAGCAGGCUAAAAUCCUGUGGCGAGACGGAGCAGCCAUUGGAUUCUACUCAACCAAGAUGAAAGGCAGCCUGUGCGCUGCUGGCACAGGUGCCGGCUACCUGCUGCCUGUCUUCGACACUGUGUUCAUCAGGAGGAAGCAUCGUCGCCAAGGCCUGGGGACGGCCCUGCUGCGGGACUUCUGCGAGACUUUCCAAGAAGAAGAGGCCUUGGGGGUCAGUGGCCCCAUCUCUCCUGCCAUGUACCAAGUUUGUAGGCGGUUCCUGUUGGCCUGUCCAGAGGUGCGAGGACGGCUGUGGGAGGUGGAGCCUCCGGGGGCCUGGGGCCAGCGCAUCAACAUCUGGCUCAGGGUUCAGCUUCAGCAGGCGGGACUUCCUGACUACUUACAGACAUGCACAUUGGCUUCCGUUCUGGAUAGUGCCAGACAGUGCUCUGCACUUCCAGGAAGCUCUGAAGAGGCCGAGGGCAACUCCCAGAAGCCUUCUCCGGAUGGCGGAUCCACAAGAUGCAGAACCUAGACAAUAAAGGUUGAUUAUUUCUUGAUGGUGACCACGUGGACUCUGUGUGAAGGAGACCUGGAGCACAGAAGUAGACUGCGGCCUGCAUGCAGGGGACACCGUGUGAUGCCCAGCACAGCCUCACCCCCCCCCACACACAAUGAGGUGCUGUAACCACCUGGUGGUUUAAGAUGGACGGUUGGUGCUUCCUUGCCAGUGUGACAGCAGAUCCAUAAGCCAGUCAUUCAAUAAAAGAAAAACCUCAGGGAAGACAGUUGA